AUGGCCGAACCAAUCGAACCACCCAUCACUCUCUCCGAAGAGGCCAGCGCGGCAACGGAAGUCUUCAACUCGGUCAAAGUAUCCCUUGCAGACCUCUGCGCAAAGGGUACCGCGCAGUAUGCGCGCAAGAACUACGAGGAGGCCUCGGAUCUGUUUGGGCGGGCUGCGGAGCUGCAAGCCGAGCUCAAUGGCGAAUUAUCCAACGACAAUGCCGAUAUCCUGUUCUUGUACGGACGCUCUCUCUUCAAGGUCGGCCAGAGUAAAAGUGAUGUUCUGGGCGGAAAGUCGGGUGGGGAGAAGAAGAAGAAGAAGCCCAAAGGAAUUGUGGAGGAGAAAAAGGCUGAGGAGAAGGAGGUUAAGACGGAGAGUGAGGAGAAGGAGGUCAAGACUGAGAGUGAGGAGAAGGACGUCAAGACGGAGAGUGAGGAGAAGGAGGUCAGGACGGAGAGUGAGAAGAUUGCUGAGGAGGGCGCUGCUACUAUCGCUGAACAGGAAGGAAGCGCGGCAGGUGCUGUUGUGGAUGCGAAGAAGCCGCUUUUUCAGUUCACUGGUGACGAAAACUUCGAGGAUUCGGACGAAGAUUCUGAGGGGAGCGAGGCUGAGGCUGAGGAUGAGGAUGAUCUCGCUUCUGCCUUUGAGAUUCUGGAUCUGGCGCGCAUUUUGUUCGAGGGGAAGCUGAAGGCGAUGGCGCUCGAUGAAAACGAACCUCGCGAUUCUCCAAUGAAGAAACACGUGGAUGAGCGAUUGGCAGACGUCCAUGAUCUAUUGGCGGAAAUCUCUCUUGAGAACGAGAAUUUCCCCGCCGCUGUCACUGAUUUCAAAACCGCCCUACAAUAUAAGAAAGCAUUAUACCCCGAAGAGUCCGAGAUCAUCGCCGAAGCCCAUUUCAAGCUCUCUCUCGCGUUAGAGUUUAGCUCAAUCACCGUGGCCAAGGGCAGAGAAGGCGAGGAGGCUACCAAGGAAUCCGAUUCCGCUUUAGACCAAGACCUGAGGGACGAAGCUAUCAAGGAGCUGGAGCUGGCCAUCCAGAGCACCAAGCUCAAGCUAGCGAACCAAGAGGUCAAGCUUGCCGAGACGUCCUCUCCUGAUGAUAACGAGGUCACCCGAACGCAGAUUGCCGAUGUGAAGGAGAUUGUCGCCGAAAUGGAGAGUAGACUCACCGAGCUGAAGGGCCCAGCCAUCGAUAUCAAAGAGGCUCUCUACGGAUCCGCCAGCAUGGCAGGCGUCAACCCCAAGGGUGGUAUCCUAGGCGCCACCCUCGGCGAGACGCCCGCCGAGGCCAUCGCGCGGAUCGACGAGGCCAAGAAGUCCGCAAAGGAUCUCUCGGGUCUCGUGCGCAAGAAGACAAAACCUGCAGAGGAGGAGCCUACGGCCUCAUCUUCAGCUGCGGCUCCGGCCUCGGCAAGCACGAACGGGAAGCGCAAGGCGGAGGACGAUGAGGAUGUCGUCGAGAGCGACAGCAAGAAGGCGAAAAUCGAGGAGGUGGCUGAUGCUGAGCCUGGCGCUUGA